CUCCUCGCCCAGCGUCCCUUGCUGGGCUCCGAGGCCCCGCGGCCCCAACGUCCUCAGCCAGGCUCUGCGGCAGUCGCCCUGCCUGGGGCCGGGACCGCCGGCGGAAGGAGGAUCUGGGCGGCCCGGUUGGCGGGAGGGCGGUUGCCUUUCCCGGAUCUCAUCCCCGGCCGCCCGAGGCGGGAGGAAACAGCGGCGAGGUCCGCGGGCGGCAUGGCAGGAGCUGCGGACGAGCGCGGGCCGGGUUCCGCGGCGGGGGAACAGCUGCAGCAGCAACACGUCGCGUGCCAGGUCUUCCCCGAGCGGCUGGCCCAGGGAAAGCCCGGGCAAGGGUUCCUUUCCAGCUUCUUCACCAACAACCAGAAGUGCCAGCUUAUGCUCCUGAAGACGCUGGAGACAAAUCCAUAUGUCAAACUUCUACUUGAUGCCAUGAAGCACUCAGGUUGUGCUGUUAACAAAGAAAGACACUUUUCUUGUGAAGACUGUAAUGGCAAUGUCAGUGGAGGUUUUGAUGCGUCAACAUCUCAGAUUGUUUUGUGCCAGAACAACAUCCGUAAUCAGGCCCAUAUGAACAGAGUCGUCACCCACGAGCUCGUUCAUGCGUUUGAUCACUGUCGCGCUCACGUUAAUUGGUUCACUGACGUCAGACAUUUGGCCUGCUCAGAAGUUCGAGCUGCUAACCUUAGUGGAGACUGCUCUCUUGUAAAUGAAAUAUUCAGGUUGCAUUUUGGAUUGAAACAACAUCAUCAGACUUGUGUACGAGACAGAGCCAUUCUUUCUAUCCUGGCUGUUAGGAAUAUCAGCAAAGAAGUAGCUCAAAAGGCUGUUGAUGAAGUUUUUGAAUCUUGUUUCAAUGACCAUGAACCUUUUGGAAGGAUCCCACAUAACAAGACUUAUGCAAGAUAUGCUCAUAGAGACUUUCAAAACCGUGAUCGGUAUUACUCAAAUAUAUGAAGAAAAUGACAUUUUAUAUUAUGGAGCUUCUGUGAUCAUGCAGAAAAUAUGGUUCUUAAGUGGACAAAUAUAUAAAAUGUAAAUGAUCAAUUAAAUACAGAUAAAACACAGAAGAUACUGAUUCUAGCAUAUGAUCAGAAAAAGUAACUGUGAUAAAAGUGAAACUGCCUUUAACUCCAAGGCAAAAAUUGUAACUUUAUAGUUAACCAUUUGGUAAAUAAGGCAAAUAAAUUACAUUUUUGUAUUUUUU